GCACGUUAGUAUGGAAGGAAAGGAAAGUCCAUUUUCCAUCCAAUUGUCCCCUUUGUCAGUUUGUGCUUAUUUCCGUGUUUGCUGCAGGUAAGGCGAAGAGAUGGUGCAAAAGGAGCUGCAGCAGGCAUGGUGGUUUGACGGUCACAACCUUGCAAAGCCAUCGCCGUGGCUCGGCCACACUCUUUCAGAGCUAGAUGACAAGACCAAGCAGAUGCUCAAGCUGAUCGACCAAGAUGCAGACUCGUUUGCUCAACGUGCUGAAAUGUAUUACAAGAAGCGCCCUGUCCUGGUGGACAUGCUUGGCGACCUGUAUCGAGCGCACCGCUCGCUGGCCGAGCAGUAUGACACGCUGAAGCAUAGCUGCAGCACGCGUCGCUCAAUGCUUACUCCAUCUCCCAGUACCAAGAGUUGGUCUCCUUCAUCCAUGGAUGGCAAGGCAACAGGAAGUUCUUCAUCCAACUCUCUUUGCUCUGACUCCUAUGACUCGGAGUCUGAAGUUGAUGACCCUGAAGAACACCCAGAAGAAGAACAUGAUGAGAAGGUAUCUGAAGGUCAAAUAGAAGCAGAAAAGGACCAGCCAGACCCAGAAGCAGAGCUCAUGCGUGCGGAGAUCAAGAGGCUCACUGAGCAGAAUUCAGAGCUGCAGAAAGCGAUCGAAGAUAACAAGGCAGCUCAACAGGCAGAGCUCGCCGCCAAGGACGAGGAGAAGAGGGAGGUCAUCAGGCAGCUCGCGUCGUCGAUCCACAUCGUGAAGCAGGAGAAUUACACCUUGCGCGAGUGCAUCAAGAGCUCAAAGCAGCACCAACCCGCGCCUUCGUCCCGCGGUUUCGAUCUCAAGAAGCUGACCAAGGAUCUGUUCUCCGCCAAACUGUUCACGGCGCACUGCAGGCCUUCAGGGCCUCUGGUUGCUCUGUGAGAUUUAGGUUUCACAGAAUUCAGCAUGGUGAAGAGAGAAGAAACCGCAUGCACU